AUGACUCCCUGCAUCAACAAGCCGGAUGUCCGGUAUAUCAUCCACUCGACCAUGCCAAAGUCUCUGGAUGCCUACCAGCAAGAAACCGGACGUGCCGGGCGUGAUGGCCUUGGCGGCAAGUGCAUCCUUUUCUACAGCUUCUUCGACAUCACAAGACAGGCCUGGAUCAUGGAGGAUGCCCAGGACGAGGAGGAGUUGAGCAUCAUCACGCCCGUGUUGACUCGCGAGUUGGUAGCCGACCGGGCUCACUUUAUGGCUGAGCCGACCAUCCCCCCGGAGAGGGGGGCCCUCCGAAACCGAGAGCUCCUUCGCCGUGUGAUCGCCUUUUGUGAGGAUCCCUUUACCUGUCGGCGGGAGCUGAUCCUCAAUUACUAUGGCCAAACAUUUGAUAAUCAGGAGUGUGGUGGCCUCUGUGACAAUUGCCAGCGUCGCAAGCAGUUCGCCAGGGUCGAUUGCACAGAAGAGGCCCAGCUCUUGGCCAAUAUCAACCGGCUGUAUGUGAUCCUCCAGCAACGCCAUGAGCAGCGGCUGAUGGAGGAAGGCGAGAAGAGUCCCUUGCGCACGAAAGACGCGGCGGGGCGACUGAUUCGCUGGCUAUUUGCCAUGUCAGUCCUGGACCUGGAGGUGGUUACUUCGGCAACACGCAUGCGGAGUGGAGUCCUCCCGGGGCUGCACUUUGAGCGGCUGCUGAGCGGUGAGCUCCAGGUUUUCAUGGCACUGGCUCAGCCGGCAAAGAAGCGCACGAGCAGCAAGGCUUCGGCGGCGGCCGGCAAGCGACGCCAAACUUCGAAGCCAGCUGUCGAUGAGAGUGUCGGUGUUGUUACGGUCACGGGCGUCGCGCGCGCAGACCCCCCCCCCUCCCCUGGGCCACUGGUGUCGGCGGAUGGGGGGGCAUUCUCCGGCGAAGAGUGGGAGGUGCUGGGCAACGACUUGCCGCAGGAGCUGCCAGUCGAGAGUGACGACCCUCCCCCGGCGACCAAGAAGCGGGCAUCCAAACGCAAGGCGGCUCCGAAGAAGAAGGAGAAGACGAAGAAAAAGGCCAAGGACGAUGCCCAGACGGCCGAGACGGGAACCCUGCCGUUCGAGGUAGAGCCAAUGGUCUCCCUUUGA